UCCUCUUCUAUCGAGGUGACAUGGUGCAGUCGAUGGCAGCUUAUGACGAGUUGAACAUUUGUCUCCGCUGCUUUGUUCGCGUCUGGGGCGUCCCGCAGAGUGAGAAUUCCAGUGAAAUUGCAGCGUUCGCGUCGUUCUUGUGCUCGUACUGCCUGCAGAGCUUCGAUACGAAAGAAGAAGCCGAGGAACACGAGCAAGACUGCACUGCGAAUCCUAAUACAGCCGAGCUGGAGGAGGGCGAUGCAGUGCAGAAGUCUGGAGCGUGAUUGUCUUCACAACAGCGAUCCAACCGUGGAUUUUACCACUCCA